GACGGCCUCUCACGGCGACCGAGCGACCCAGAACAGCGCCAUGGCGGAGAGCGACUGGGACACGGUGACGGUGCUGCGCAAGAAGGGGCCCAGCGCGGCCCAAGCCAAGUCCAAGCAGGCUGUCCUUGCAGCUCAGAGAAGAGGCGACGACGUGGAGACCUCUAAGAAAUGGGCGGCAGGCCAGAACAAGCAGCACUCCAUCACGAAGAACACGGCGAAGCUGGACCGCGAGACGGAGGAACUGCAUCACGACCGGGUGCCCCUUGAGGUGGGCAAAGUGAUCCAGCAGGGGCGGCAGGGCAAGGGGCUCACCCAGAAGGACUUGGCUACGAAAAUCAAUGAGAAGCCGCAGGUCAUUGCCGACUACGAAUCGGGGAAGGCCAUCCCCAACAACCAGGUGCUGGGCAAGAUUGAGAGAGCCAUCGGCCUCAAGCUCCGAGGGCGGGACAUCGGAAAACCUCUCGAAAAGGGCCCCAAGGCGCAGUGAGGACAAAGCCUCGAAAUCCUGGGGGCCCCGAGUGAUCUCGGCCGGGCGUCCUGGGGCACCCAGGGUCUCCCCACCCACCCACCCACCCCCUUCUCUCCCUUCUUCUGCUUCCCAGAGAUCGACUAUUAACGAGUGGGAAAAGCCACGUCCCAACUGGCAGCCCGUUUCCUCUUUCCGCAAAUCAAAUAAAGCAAAUAAAAUUGUUUGCGCAUCUUGAA